AUUUUACGUGAUCCUAUGCAAAUGGUGUAGUGCACCAUCCUCCAUUUCUCUUUCAUGUCAUCUUUCAACUCCUUUCGGUGAGUUUUUAUAGUCUGAUUACAAAGCCAGCACAACAAAUUACAUAACGCAAGUAAUAAGAAAUCCUAGAUCACUGUUCGGUCUCGUUCGCCUACGCCUUCUCCUCAAAUCACCCGUGAAGCGAUCACCAUCUCACGGGAGAAAAUGGCUUCAGAAUCUAAGAACAGUGCCGUGGAAUCUGUCGUGUUGCCAGAUUCUGAGGCUAAGAGUACAAAGAAGAGAAAAGGCAUUCUAUCAAGGAUAUGGAAUGCACUAUUUAGAGUACGUGGGGAUGAUUAUGGGAAGAGAUUGGAACAUAUUUCUAAGGAAGAGGCAGCUGUUCUUGCUAGAAUAACGAGGCGUUCUAAUAGUCUUCGGAGGAUGACAAGGCACUUUAUCGUAUUUUCUGUUCUUAUUGAGAUGGAUAGCCAGUUUCUCAAUGUCAUUGCUGGACAUGAAUGGUUUCUAUUGUUCUUAUCUAUGUCGCUCCCCCUGGCUUUAGGUUAUUGCAGUGGGUUUUGCUAUCACCACCACAAGAUCCUUAAACUUGAACUGGCAAACGAGAGCAUUGCGAGUCUUACCGAUUGUAAGUUGGGGCUUGUUUCUGUAAGUUAUCUCGGCAGUGCAGCUGAGAAUGCUUACAAGAUUCUAGUUGACUAUUGUUACACUUCCUUAUCUAGAAUAAAUAGUGACUCCCAGGGCCCCAGAGUGAUGAUGUUUUUCAGUUUUGCAUGCGCUCAAUCUUUUGGCGAUGGGAAAGACCAUAAGACUUUGGAAAAGCUUCGGGCUGAGAGGCAAGCCAAAAUCGACGAAUUGAAAGAGAAGACCAAUUACUACAUCACUCAACAGCUAAUACAGAGGUAUGACCCGGAUCCAGCAGCCAAGGCAGCUGCAGCCACUGUGCUGGCGUCAAAGUUGGGUGCAGAUUCUGGUCUCAAAGUGUACGUUGCGGACGAUUCUAACCCCACUGCCUCUACUGGGAAAAGCAAGGAUGUUGAUCUGGGAACCAAUACGUCUGGUCUCAGACAGAGAAAGCAGUCCACCCACAAGAAAACCAAUAGCUCAGAAAGCAGUCAUUCCGAAAGGUUUGAGGGGGUGGACUUGCCACAUCAGCAGCAGUUGGUUGUUGAGCAUCACCCUCAAGCGGGUUUGACCUCAAAUGACGGAGGAUGGAUUGCUCGACUUGCCGCCUUGCUUGUGGGGGAGGACCCAGCUCACUCGUACGCGCUUAUCUGUGGGAAUUGCCAUAUGCACAACGGGCUUGCAAGGAAAGAAGACUUUCCAUAUAUCACUUACUACUGCCCACACUGCAAUGCCUUAAAUAGGCCAAAACAAUCUGAUGAUCGUGUUUUUGUUUCUGGUUCCGCUACUCCGACUUCAAUGUCAGCAAAUGCGGAUAAUAAUGAUAAUGUAGUCGGGAGUCCAGGUGGCUCGACUGUGGAAGAGAUUUCCCCAAGUGCUACUUCUGUAGCUAAUGCUACUGAGACUUCCGAAAGCUGAACUCGUGUCUUUUUU